AUUUUACUGUUGAUGGUUUGGUUUCCUUUAUACAAACUGUAUAAGUGCUGUUUUAUACAAAGUCUGGGUACUUUUAAAGUACUGUUGCAAUCACUGCAUAUAAUGUCAGUGUGUCAUUCUGUGGGGGAUUUGUGUUUGCUGAGUUUUAUUAUAUUUUAUUAGGCAUGUGAAUACAGGUUUUGAUUUAUUCUUAAAGAAUUGAAAUACAUGACUGUUAUUUGCUUUUACAUUUCCUAUAAUCAUAAACAGCAUAUAAUGAUUAGACAUUUUUGUUGACUGGUGGACUGUUUUGGAUCAGUUGCUCAAGCUCAUUUGCUUGUCCUGGAACUGACAAACACAGAAAACAGUACUCAGUGAUCCUGUUCUCUGCCAAGAUCUCCUUGUGCGCAUUAUUAUGAGAAUCCAAGAUAAACUCCUCGGGAGGUCUCCACCAAUGAGGGGUCAACAGCAGUAGACGCAAGGCCCAUAAUGGUUUGGGGUUAAAGGUUAACUGAAACCUCAUUAUAAGCAGCCCCCACCUGGCUCAACUUCCUGUAUUUGUUCAUCCUUCACCCCAUGCAAUGUCUGUGAUCAACACAUGAACUCUGAGUUGUGAAACAACUGGAACUUUGGAGCAGCGCCCCUUUCACUGUUCCUCAUCCUGUGCCUUCCUUUUUUUCUUUUCCCUGACUGUCCCCCUCCUUUCCCUGCCAACUCCCCCCAACUCUGAGCUCCUCCUCUGCUGAAAAGACACAUUUCCUGAUGUCAUUACUAAAUCAAAAUGCUGGUCUGCAAACAGAUGUUGUGAGAGGCCCAACAUGUGGCUGCAGUGACAUAAAUUAACAAGUUGGUCGUGAGAAAACAUGCACCACGCGUUUCAUUAUGUUUCAGUCAAUGAAACCACCUCAUUCACGCUGCUUUUCACUUGCUUUUUCAAGUGCUGAGUCUGACAGCGAGAAACAACUUUAUAGCUGUAACUCACUCAGGGCUCCUCAUGACAUGAAAAAGUUUCCCACACGUAUGGUGGAAAUAUCAGGAUGUUUCAUUUAAUAGCAUGUGUGCUUUGAUAGCUGGCCUUUUAAGCAGCUGGUCACAACUGACUAACAACCUCUUCCAGGUUUGGUCAAAUUAACCUAAAUAUGAAAUCAUGGCUGUCUGCACAGCACACCCUGCAGAGUCAUGAUUACAUCCACCCCAAAACGCUAAGCCCUAAAUGUUUACUUAUGUUUCCUAUUUGGCAGAGGCAGCCCAAAAGGCAAAUAAAUCACAUGCUGUGAGCUGGCCAGGCCUACGACUGUGAGAAACUGAGACUAAAAAGCAGAACAAGAGUUAAAGAGUAAAGGGUUUUCAGAUGUGAGUCCAGCCCAGCUUGGGUGUGCUCCUUUUUAUUUGGGAGAAUGGAGAGGACAAUCUUUGUUGCCUCCACCCCUUUAAAAAAGAAGAAAAUCCAAAAGAAACGUGUGUUGGAGAGGGGAAGAGCUGCUGCCAAGGCGAAGGGCCGUCAGACAGAUCUUCGGAGAACAUCUGGUAACCGCGGGUAACACUGUUUGGACAUCUGGUAACCGAAGGUUACACUGCGUCUCUUCCAUCCUGUCGGGUUUCCUGUUAUGCCUCGCUGUACACAAUCUAAGAAGUUAAAGUUUAUUAUACAUGGUCAUCAGUUGGGGAAAGCGUACCUUUAUUCAUUUUUUCUGACAUGAAGAGAGCGCUUGGUUUCAUUGGGGUAUUCCUCUCCUUUCUCUACGAUGCCAGUGCUGGAGAGGAUAUCUUGCCAUUUGAUUGUGGGAACAAUUCUCACAAUUGUAAGAACUUUUGCCACCUCUGUUAUGAGUUUUACCAAGGACCGACAAUGGAUUGCCUCUCUGGCCUUCUUAAUUUAUGUCUACACACUUUUGAUGUUGAAAUGGCACAAAACAGUACCAACUGGUGCAUCUGGGGUAACGUGAGCGGGUCAUAUAGCAACCUAAGCCUUUGCACGGAGGAGAUAUCUGACUGUCUUCUGAUCCCAUGGCCCAACCCUCUGGUGGAACAGAUCUUUGUUGAUAUUCACACCAAGUUUUUCAAGGAUUGUCCCACAGAAGAGCUGAGCGAUCCGCCACCAGUCAUUAUCUUUGCCCUGGUGAUAACUCCCAUUUGCUUGAUCCCUGUCAUGGUUAGUUUAGUAGUGCUCAAGACCAAGAAUGGAGAUGGCAGCACCUGAUCCAGAGCAAUGGAGAAUAUCAUAUUUCUGACCUAUGCUCUGCAUUCUCUUAUUACCUGAGGACUGCAGACUGUUUACACAUAGACAGCCGCUGCGCUUUCAUCUCACAAGUGACCUUAACUGAAUCUUUCUGACAAGUUCACCUGCGCUUCACAUAUCAGAAGAAAAAUAUGAUCUAAUGAGGAAACCUAUCGGGAAAUGACACUGCUUCAAAGUUAAUGUGAUAUUUUAACAGCAUCGACUCCCCAGUGUUGAGAGAGACUCACUGUGACAAAAUAUAUUAUUGAAAAUUCUGUACUGUACACAUCAUGAAAAGUCUUUUAUGUUCAGCCGUUUGACAUGAGAUCUGACAUUGGUCACAUCCAAUUUGCACAAAACAUUCAUUUUAACUGGAGGACCUGGUGUUCAGGGUUGUGAUGACAAAAGCUAUGGAGCUUGCAAAUGUAAAGGUAAACUAUAGAGUGUGUGUUUGCAGAGAAGAUGACUACAGAUAGUUUGUGAACCUGAAUCAUGAAUUAUCUGUUUGACUGAAGUGUUUCAUUGUAAUUUAAAGUACAAACCAACAAUGUGUGAAUUUUAAAGAGUGACAGAAGGUGUAAGUUUAAUUUACAUCAGUCAGGGUUAUGGUGACAAAAGCUCUGGGGCUUGAAAAAAAUAAGGGCAAAAUAUUUUUGUGUUGUGUUGAGUAUGUUGUUAUAUUGAUAAAAGACAAGGUCAUCUCUAUUACCGAACUCCUGACUGCUUCAUAUAGAGUAUAUUAGCUACCACUAAAUUAAAUCUGCUUUAGAGAACUAUUUAAUAAAUGUUUGCAUUUAGAGGACAUGUAUUACCUGAGCUGGUUCAGUUUUAAAUAGACCUAUUCUAUAUUUGAUCAAGGAAAAAAAGUCCUCCAGAUUAACAGGACUAGACAGAGAAAUGAGAAAAGGCUGGUGCAUGGAUCUAGUUAUGUGUGAAUCAUAGUGUAUAGAGGGUUUGGGGUCAGAGGUUACAGAUGGGACACAAACACCCUGAAAAGGAAACUCUUUUUCCUGGUGUUGUCUGUUUUUAAAGAGACCAAUUCUUUAGCACUUAUCUCUGUUCAAACACUGACAAUUCUCAUGAUCAAAUGACGAACUGAAAGGAAAACUGAUCUAAAAGGUCUGAGGAAUGUGUUUAGACAAAAAACUUCAGUCUUGCUUAUGCAGCAAGAGGCACUGUUUAAUGACAAAAGGAUACCGUUGUGUCUUUUGCCUGAGUCACUAUAAUAUUAUAUAUUUUCAGUUUUCAAUGACGAUCAAGCUUAAAUGCUUUCAGAUAUGGAACAAAUGACAUAUUUGCAUAUUAAAUGAUAUUUCUGCUAUUGUCAGGAAUUAGGGAAAUUACUGUAAAGUCUGUGAGAACACAUCCUGUCAGCUCUCACAACAUGUACUGUAUGCAUUUUGAUAUACUUGUAAAAAUAUAUAUUUUCUACAGCAGUU